AGAGGUGGGAGGAAAUCGCCGAUUAUUAUCAUUUCCUCUGAGCGCCGAUGGGGAUCUGCACCUCGUGCGAGGCGGUCGCGGCGGCGGUGACGACGGUGGCGACGGCUAAGGUGAUCUUCACGGACGGCGAGCUCCGGGAGUACGAUCGCUCGGUGAGAGUCUCGCACGUGCUCCAGAAGGACCCCACGUGCUUCGUCUGCGACGCUGACGUGAUGGAGAUCGAUGGAUUCGUCUCCGCCGUCGGCGGCGGCGAGGAGCUCCGGCCGGGGAACCUCUACUUCCUCCUCCCGAGGACAAUGCUGAAGCACCGGCUCCACGCGGAGGACCUGGCCGCGCUCGCCGUCCGGGCGAGCUCCGCGCUCAUGAAGGCGGCCCCCGCCGGGGAACGGAUCCGACGAGGGGCGACGGUGUCGCCGCUGGUGUUCAACGUCGGGUCCGGAGAGGGCACGGCGGCGGGCGGCGAGGUUCGGGCGGCGGAUGAGGAGGAAGGGAAGAAACCAAAUAAAAAGCGGCGUGGCAUUGGGCGUAAAUUUGCGGCAGAGCUUAGUGCAAUUCCGGAAUAGAAAAUAUCACGGAGGAAUUCUUCUGUCUUGUUUUUUGCCUCUAACAAGGGGUGCAAAAGGCACAGGGAUCAUCGGCUUGGGCUGGAUGAUCGGGACCGUCAAAAUCUACAUCUUGACUUUCAACUAGGGAUCAUGAGAUUAACGCUGAUCAGGGGUCUGGGAUUGGACGGACGGGAUUCGGUAUUGAAGAUACUAUGAUGAUGGGAAAGGCGUUGUGUUAAGCGAUGGAAGUUUGGUCUUUUUCUGUAAAUAAAUCACUGUAAUUGAGGAAGUUAAUUAAUUUUGGGAACAAGAGAAUUAAUUAGAUUCAUCAUCCAA